AUGAUUCCUUCACCCGUCGCCGCGCUAGGCUUCCUUGGCGCCCUGCAGGGCAGUGCCAAUAUUGUCGAGCGACAGACAAAGGCCUGCGCAACGGGCGUGCACAUUAUCGUUUGUCGGGCCAGUACCGAGAAACCGGGUACGGGAGUCAUAGGCGAUAUCGCGACCAGCAUCCAAGGACAGAUCCCCGGAUCCGAUAUUGAGGCGGUGGACUACCCGGCUGAACUGAACCCUUACAACCCAUCUGAGGAGGCCGGCGUCAAGGCCAUGACGAAGCUGGUGCAGGACUAUGCGGCAAGAUGCCCGGAUACAAAGAUGGUGCUGAUGGGAUAUUCGCAGGGAGCACAGGUUACUGGCGAUGUCAUGUGUGGAACAAGUGAAAACGGCUUUACUACCACGCAACCCCAAUCGGCCGAAGUCGCUGCCAAGGUUGCUGCCAUCCUGCUCAUGGGAGAUCCGAGUCAUGUCACUGGACAGCCCUACAACCAAGGAAGCAGCCACAAUAACGGUCGAUUCCCGAGAACGCGAACCGCCGGCUGCAAUGCUGUUGCUGACAAGAUGGUGUCCUUUUGCAAUACCGGGGACCCGUUUUGCGACGGCGGCCGCAACUUGCAGGUUCACCUCAGCUACGUCCAGACGAACGGCGACGCGGCAAAUCAAUUCAUCAUGUCCAAAGUGAAAGCAGCUAGUUCGUGA